CAGCGCAUUCAGUGUGGAUUUUGAACCUUGCAGUAACACGAAUAGUCAUAGGACUUUUGACGGCCAGAUGUUGAUGUGAAGUCAAAUAUUGUAAUUGUCGGUGUCUUCGGCAAUAUUCUGAUAUUCCAAGUGGACCACUUUAUUUUAACUGCUGGGGGCAGAUUUCAGAGCGGCAGACAACAUGUUGGCUUUAAUAAAUCGUAUUCUAGAUUGGUUUAAAAGUUUGUUUUGGAAAGAAGAAAUGGAACUGACAUUAGUAGGCUUGCAGUACUCUGGUAAAACUACGUUCGUAAACGUCAUAGCGUCCGGUCAAUUCAGUGAAGAUAUGAUACCGACGGUAGGUUUCAAUAUGAGGAAGAUAACAAAAGGAAACGUGACGAUAAAAGUAUGGGACAUUGGAGGACAGCCCAGAUUUAGAUCGAUGUGGGAGCGAUAUUGUCGCGGAGUAAAUGCCAUUGUAUAUAUGGUAGAUGCAGCAGAUCAAGAAAAAAUUGAUGCAUCUCGAAAUGAACUUCAUAGUUUACUGGAUAAGCCGCAACUUGCUGGUAUACCAGUUUUGGUUUUAGGAAACAAACGUGAUCUUCCUAAUGCCCUAGAUGAGAACGGACUUAUUGAAAGAAUGAACUUGUCGGCGAUCCAAGACCGUGAAAUUUGCUGUUACUCAAUAUCUUGUAAGGAGAAAGACAACAUUGACAUAACUCUGCAGUGGCUGAUUGCUCACUCGAAGUCAGGAAUACGCUAGUGCCACUUGGUAAAAAUUGGAGCAAGGUGACUGACACACAGAAUGUUGCUACUAGUCGUUGUACACCCUCCUCCUCAGUGCCUGAUUUGGCCAUAAAUUUGUUUAUGUAUAUUUUAUUGUGAUUAAAGUUUAUUAAUCUGUGUUAAAGGCUGAUUAUAACUAAUUAGUAUUUGCCAAGAAAUACUUGGGAAAUUGGAAUAUUGUGCAACAAACUUGAUAAUGUUCUGUAAUUUAAGAAGUGUGUGUGUAUAUACACACAUUUUGUGUAGAGUGAUAUAGAUGCCUUUUUAAGAAUUGAAUUGUAAAAUCAUGGAGUGUAAAUUUCGUCUUAGAGCUGCUUAGAAAAUAUCAUUUUUGUUUUUCGUUUCCUUUAGGAACACUUGGUAUGUGUGUUCUUCCUUCUCAAGAAGUAAUUGAAGUCUCCAGUUAAGGGAAUAUUGAACAACAAAAUGAAAAUUGAGCUUGGCUGAUUACUUUUUUGUCCAUUUUGUUGGGCUGUGUUUCUGGAUAAGGGGAGUUACACAUGUAAUUAUUGUGCAGAAGCAGAAACUAGGUGUGGCUUAACUGAUAUGUUAAUAUUCAUCCAUAUAUAAUUGGAAUUGUGGUUCUGCCAGCAAUUAGACAUGGAAUGCAAUGUAAUGUGGAAUCUCAAAUUAUAAGGAGUGGCAUAUCUCAUGUGGACAAGGUAAAUAAUCUAUUACAGAGAAUAUUUGAGUUUUACAAAAAUCUAUUUAUGCAAGCUUUACUGACUGACUGGGUAUCCAACGCAGAAAAUUAAUAAUGGAAACUCUAAUGAAUGCUCCUGUGUCAGAAGUGGCCUCUCCUCUGAAUCCUAAAUUUGUGGUGGCUACAUUUGUUAAAACAGUGUGCAGAUACCUUGUACUGAUAAUUUUGUUAUGAAAACAUAUUGUAUGCAUUGUUUUCUAAUUAACCAACAUUAACAGAAUUCUUUCCAAUAUUAUUAAAAUGUUUCUAUAUAAAAACUGUCCUAUUUUUUGCUGUCACAUAAUCAUGCUCUCCCCACAGCCCCCCCAAUUAAAGCUGAACCAAUGGAGUGGGAGUUUGUUGGUUAUCAUUCCUUCAAUAUGAGACAUCUUGUCACAUUUUAAUAUUUUUUAUUUUGUCUGACCACCAGUCUUGCUAAAUUGAAAGUUUUCAUGAUAGGUAAAGAUUCUUUUCACUGCCAUGAAAUAGUCAUCACCUUAUCUUAGCUGUUGUGUGUUGUCAGCCUCGUGGAACAGCAGUUAUAACAUGUAAGACGGUUCAGACAGAUGUCUAGAGUAAUGUUGAGAGUAUGGUGUAAUGUAACAGACAUAUUGUUAUUUCAUCUUGUACAUAGUUCACUGGUGCAGAAUCAUCACUGUGUGUUUGCCAAACAUCUCGUUCGUGAAGCUGUAGCUUACAGGGUGGCACACACUUUGUUCCAGUGUUAAAAGUAUUCUUUUGCAGCGUAGGUACACAAUGAUGCUCUUAAAAAAAAAAAUUAAUAUUUUUGUGAAUCUUGAGUAACACGAAAUUGAAAUGCAUCAUAAUGUCACAUGAAAAGUCUUCAAGGCAAAGAUAUGGCUUCCAGAAACAUAACAGUAAUAUUACACAUACUACUUUGAUUUUAAAAAAAAAGAUGGAUUGACUGAUAAAACCACAUUAUGUUCCAGCAUAUUGUAACAAAAUAAAGGUGUUUGGAAAACUAAAAUUAGUUCAGCUGAUUUUAUUCUGUACGUACAUCAGAUAAAGUAUUGUUUUUAACAAGUGAAUAGUAAACACCUGUACUUAAUUCAGUAAUGGAGUGGCAGUUGUUAGAAUGCAAUGAACUAAGUGAUUAAUGUGCUGGAAACUUCAUCAUUCAUGCCAGUGGUUAAAGUAUUGGCUUCUCGGCAUGCUUUAAAAGUCAUGAAACAUACCACUAAUCUCACAUUCCUCAGUCUGUAGUUAUGUUUUUCCUUCAGAACAUAGUGCUCUACAUAAUUUGCAGCAUCACUUAGUUUAAUCUCAUAAGUUAGUUUAAUACAUAACUUGAGUGUUUCCAUUUGUUUUUUUGUUGGAUUUUCCUAGAACUGGAAAAUUUUGAAGGUCUCAUAAAGGAUAGUGUAUUCUUGUUUUGUUUAUUCCCAUCUGCUAAAUUUUAUAGCUGCUGAAUGUUGAUUCCUGAUCGGUUUCAGAACUAUACAACUAAGGCAGUAAACAGGUAUUCAGUUUUGUUAGAAAAUAAUGAACUGUGGGGGGGAAAAAUUAAAAAAUAGGACUCAAGAUGUAAGAUCUUCCUUAAUUGAAGAAUGAACGCAGAAUGAAUAAAGAAUUCCUGAUUAUGUAUUCCUGUGUCACAGCAUUUUUUCACACUAAAUCUUCAGUUUCCUUGACAACUAGAAAUGAGAAAAUACUGAAAUGUAAUCAUAGGAGAAGUAUAGAUUGAUAUGUGGUAGUAGGAAAGGUUGUUUCUGGAAUAUAACAAAAGGAGGAAACUUCCUGAUAGUUGAAGAUUAUGUUCCAGUCAAAGAUCCAAACAUUAACCCUUGCCCUCUCCCCCUUCCCCCUUUUUUUGUCAUGUUUGCACUAGAUUAAUCUUAGUCCACCACACAGUGUUAAAUAUGUUGGGAAGUUUCAGUAUAGCAUGCAGUCAACUGCAGAUUCAGAUGUAAUCUAAGAGAAAAGGUUUAUUUGUGAAAUCAUGUUAAUUGAAAGGAGGAAUAGCAUUGUAUGGCAUACACUAGGUAAGAAAAGCAUAUUUAUCUGGAAACAGACAGCAAGGAGGUUAUUGAUGUAUUUGAUUUCAUCAAAACUUGGAAAAGGAGGCUGGUUUGCAAAGGAUAUAGUGGGGAAAUUAUUAAAGUUUCACUUUGUAAGGAGGGUAAUCAGCAAUCUUGUCAUGUGGAAUGUUGUAUGAACGUUUCAGAUUAAUUGUCUACAGGCAGCUGUAGGAAACAAACAAAAAGAGCUGAUGCUGAUGAAUGGAACUUCAUUAAGUGACCUAGGUACAUUGGAAUUGAAAAGUUUUAAAUGAUCAUCAGAUUGUGCAGAAAUUCAGGAAGAGGUUGGCCUAAUGUUGCUUAUGCUGAGAAAUUUUUUCCACUAUACUAAAAUAUGUGUAGAACUGCUGCCAGAUCAUCAUGAAUGAAACCAUAAUCAUUAUAAGUAAUUUGGCAACCAUUGAAGUAAGAUAUUUGUGAGUAUUCCCAAAUGGAGCUGUAAGAGUUGGAAUAUCGCUGUCACUGGUGGCAAUCUGUCACUUGAUAUUUUGCUUCCAGUAUAAGAACUGGUAAAUUAUUAGUACUAUUUUUUUUACAUUUCAUUUGUUGUUUUCGAAACACAAACAAAAACUGUCUAUUUGGCAAAUACAGCAAAGUCUUUCAAACUAGACUCAUUUGUUGUCAUCAGUAUUCUAUAUAUCAUUUACUUCAUUCUCUAUAGUGCAUAUGAUUGAUGAAAGUCCCAAAUGGACUCUGAAACUUUUAAUAUUGUCCAUGGAAGGAAAUGAGUACGAUAAAUUGAUGGGCAAAACUUCUAAAGAAUUAUUGUGGAUGUAACAUUUGACAUUAUCACAUAUAUAAUCAGGAUUGAUGCUUGAGGGAGAGGGUGUUGAAGUCAGUGCAUUGUUUCCAUUUGAAAUUAAUGUUAAUCAUACCCAAAUGACUGAGUUACUGUGAGUAUUUGUAUGCCUGCUUUUUAAUAUAGUUUCAACUUUGUUUUGCCUUCUGUUUUAUCGUAUUGUUAAGUGUAUGUAUGUGUUGACAAUGUGUUACUAUAUCAUCAGUGAAAUAUUUGGCUAUUUUGUUGAUGGAACAUGACAACCAGAAAUGUUUGUGUGGUAAAUGAAUAUUUUCUUUGGUGAUAGUAUAGUUCAUGUUUGUUAUAAUAAUAAGUAUGGAUUUUGUUCUUGGAACUUGCUUUGUAUUUCUGGUGCAUGUGGAAGUGUGUGCAUAUUUAUACACAAAUAUGGAUUAAAUUUGGAACCUAGUUAUGUAUUAAACAUACGUGAGCUGUAUGUUUAUGUAAUUUCAUUCACACUUAUGCAAUUUUACUGUAGUAUGUAGGUAUGUAGCUUUACUUUCCAUUAUUGUUGAGCUGAUGAAAAGGCCUGACAGAAUAUAAAUCUGAGAAGAUACUUUGGUCCUAUUUUUAUGUGAUUAUGUUUGGAGAGACUUCAUUGUGUAAGUAUAUGCUUUAAUCAACAUACAUUAGUCACUCCCUCUGGCUGGUACUGCUUUUGCAGAUAAUUUAGUUUAGCAUUGUGGAAAACCUAUGAAAUACGUUCUUACCAACAUUUUACAGGUUGUUAUAUGUUCUGUAAUUUUACAGUUAUUUCAUAGAAAAAUACAAAGCACAAAAUCAACUUAGAUAUGUAUGCAGCAACUGUCAUUAUUUUGUUGACUCAUAUAGAUGUAAUGAAUAAAAUUCUGCAACAUUCUUGUUCUGAGUGUAAUUAUUAAUUUAUCAUUUCAUGUAUCAGUGAGCUUCAGUAUCUGUACAGCACAUAACUGUUAGUAAGAAGCAAUAGAUAUUUUUUGGUAGUAGAACUAGCUUGAAUAAAUUUCCUAAUGUACCUUUUGUUGUGUCAGAUGUAGUCAAAGCCUUUCAGUGACUCUGUGAGGUGCUAUGUUAAUGGUGAAGUUUUACAGAUCCUGUGCUAGCUUUUGCUCCAAAAUACAUCUGUCAUCUGAAAUGAAGAUCUCAUAUUUUUUGAUACUGAUUAACAUUGUUAAAAAAAUUUCAACAUUUUUAAUUAUGUAAAGACAGUAUAAGACAUUUGAGUUUAAUAAACAGUUUCUCUGCA